CGCUCGCCUCGGGGGAUGGAGGGCGCGCUCAUCGCCAACUGGAGCGCAGACGCGGCUAACGAGAGCGCCGCGCCUGGGGACCCAGAGCGCAACUGCACUGCCCAACCGCCGCGGCGCAACGAGGCCCUGGCGCGCGUGGAGGUGGCGGUGCUGUGCCUCAUCCUCUUCCUGGCGCUGAGCGGCAACGCGUGCGUGCUCCUGGCGCUGCGCACCACGCGCCACAAGCACUCGCGUCUCUUCUUCUUCAUGAAGCACCUGAGCAUCGCCGACCUGGUGGUGGCUGUGUUCCAGGUGCUGCCGCAGCUGCUGUGGGACAUCACCUUCCGCUUCUACGGGCCGGACCUGCUGUGCCGCCUGGUCAAGUAUCUACAGGUGGUGGGCAUGUUCGCCUCCACCUACCUGCUGCUGCUCAUGUCCCUGGACCGCUGCCUGGCCAUCUGCCGGCCGCUGCGCUCGCUGCGCCGCCGCACCGACCGCCUGGCCGUGCUCGGCACGUGGCUGGGCUGCCUGGUGGCCAGCGCGCCGCAAGUGCACAUCUUCUCCCUGCGCGAGGUGGCCGAGGGCGUCUUCGACUGCUGGGCUGUCUUCAUCCAGCCCUGGGGGCCCAAGGCCUACGUCACGUGGAUCACACUGUCCGUCUAUAUUGUGCCGGUCAUCGUGCUGGCCGCCUGCUACAGCCUCAUCAGCUUCAAGAUCUGGCAGAACCUGCGGCUCAAGACGGCUGCGGAGGCCGCAGCCCAAGGGCCCGGGGACUCCGACGUGGGCGGCGCAGGGCGUGUGGCGCUGGCGCGAGUCAGCAGCGUCAAGCUCAUCUCCAAGGCCAAGAUCCGCACCGUCAAGAUGACCUUCAUCAUCGUGCUGGCCUUCAUCGUGUGCUGGACGCCCUUCUUCUUCGUGCAGAUGUGGAGCGUAUGGGACGCGGAUGCGCCCAAGGAAGCCUCGGCCUUCAUCAUUGCCAUGCUGCUGGCCAGCCUCAACAGCUGCUGCAACCCCUGGAUCUACAUGCUUUUCACCGGCCACCUCUUCCACGAACUCGUGCAGCGCUUCCUCUGCUGCUCCCCCAGCUCCCUGAAAGGUAGCCGUUCAAGAGAGACGAGUGUCAGCAAAAAGAGCAACUCAUCCACCUUUGCCUUGAGUCAGCGCAGCUCCAGCCAGAGGAGCUGCUCCCAGCCGUCCACAGCGUGACCCUGGGCCAGGCGGCUGUCUGCUGAGCUCAGAAUGCUGCAUGUAUGGUCUGCCCUUGGGGCCUUUUACGUGUAUGUAAGAAACCCUUAUUUGUAUCCCUCCGUACCUCAGGGUGGCUUGAGUCCCAUGGGGGAUUCUGACAUGGGGCAGGGAGAUGUUGGGGUGACUCAGCCAUGAGAUGAACCCCUGCGUCUCCCAGGCUCCCCAUGUCCUGCUACCCUGACCCCAGUGCUGCUCUGGGCAGUGCCUGGGUUCUUCCUCCCCCUGAGCUGUGUUUUCACCCAGUCUCUUUUUACUUCUGUACCAUGGAACCUUGUGAGAAGAGGAAGUAUAGGAUGGAUGACUGAGCAAGCUGGGGAACUGGGGCUCUGGGCACAGGGUAAGGAGUGGGAAUGGGCCCUCUGAUGGGAAGGUGGUGCUGCCUCCUCCUCACCUCAUGCAGUGUGCUUUGCCUGUAGAGUCCCUGGGGACUGGCUUGUCAGAAGGUAGCCCUAGGACAGGGAAUUGUCCAGUAAAACUACCUGGCACAGGAGGCCAAUGAGAACGUGGGUUGAAGAUGUGAGAAGGUAAUGUUUGAUCAACACUUGAGAAAGAAAAAGAAAUAAAAAGGCAUCAAAUUGGAAAGAAAGAAGUAAAACUAUUUGUAGAUGACAUUAUUUUAUAUAUAGAUGAUCACACACGCACGCGUGUGCACACACACACACACACAUGCACCACAUACCGCACCCAUAUUGGAACUAAUAAGUGAGUUCAGCAAGGUUUUGGGUACAAGAUCAAUAUACAAAAAUCAAUUAUAUUUCUUUUUGGUACCAGGGAUCAAACUCAGGACCUUGCACUUUCAAGGCAGGUGGCCUAACCACUGAGCUAAAUCCCCGGCCCCUCAAUUAUAUUUCUUUUUAUUAUUGAUGAACAAUAUGAAAAUGAAAUUAAGAAACAAUUCCAUUUAUAGUAACAAUGGAAAGCACAGAAUCAGAAUAAAUUAACAAAAGAAUGCAGUAUUUGUACUCAGAAAGUUGAACAAUAUUAUUAAAAGAAAUUAAGACAAACAGAUGGAAAGACAUCCUGUAUUCAUGGGAUCAGAGAUUUCAUAUUCUUAAAAUGGCAAUACUGCCCAAAGUGUAGAGAUUUGCUACAAUCUUUUUUUUUUUGGUACUGGGGAUCGAACUCAGGACCUUAUACUUGCGAGGCAGGCGGCCACACCACAGAGCUAAAUACCCAGUGAUUUGCUACAAUCUUUAUUAAAAUUCUACCUAGCUCCUUUGCAAAAACUGGUAAGAUGAUCUUAAAAUUCAUAAGGAAAUGCAAGGAACCCAAAUACCCAAAAAACCUUGGAAAAGAAAAACAAAAUUGAUGGAGAUAUACUUCCCAAUUUUAGUUACUAUAAAGUUACAGUAGUCAAAGCAGUGUGGUACUGGCUUAUGGACAGACAUCUAGAGCAAUAGAAUACAUUAAAGGGUACAGAUAGGAACCCUUAGCAUCUAUGGUCAAUUCAUUAUCAGCCAGGGUGCCAAGAUGAUUUAAGAGGAAAGGAAUAGUCUCUAGCAAACGCUGUUGGAUAUACACAGGCAACAGAAUGAAGUUAGACCUUCAGACCAUAUACAUAAAUCAUUAAAGAUCUAAAUGUAAGAGCUAAAACUAUAAAAUUCUUACAAUGAAGUGGCCAUAAAUCUUUGUGACUUUGGAUUGGGCAAUAGUUUCUUAGAUAUGACACCAAAGACAUAAGCAACCAAAGGACAAAUAAAUAAUAGAUAGGAUUUCAUCAAAACUUAAAAGUUUUGUGCUUCAAGAAUACUGUCCAGGGGCCGGGGCUUUAGCUCAGUGGUUCUGGUGCCUACCUCACAAGUGCAAGGACCCGAGUUUGACCCCCGGUACCAAAAAAAAAAAAAUUGCAGAAGAAUACUAUCCAGAAAGUAAAAAGACAACCCACAGCAAGGGGAAAAUAUUUGUUGAUCAUAUAUAUAAGGGACUUGUACAUAGAAUGUAUAAAGAAGUCCUACAAUGCAAUAAAUAAAUAGGAGAAAAGGAAGACAGCUGGGGAUGUAGCUCAUUAGUAGAGUGCUUGGCUAGCAUGAGCAGACUGUGUGUUUGACCCUCAGCACCACUAAAAGAAAUAAAAAAUGACAAAAAGAAGCCAAUUUAUAAAUAGGCAAAAGGCUUGGAUAGCCAUUUCUGCAAAGAAGAUAUGUAAGUGAUCAAUAAGCUCAUGCAAAGAUACUCAACAUUAUUCAUUAGUGAAAGGCAAGUCAAAACACACUGAAAUUUCACUUUGAACCCACUAGGAAGGCUGCAGUCGAGAGGAUGGGUAAUAAGCAUUGACAAGAAUAUACGGAAAUUGGAAUCUUUAUAUGUGCUAGUAAGAAUGUACAUGGUGCAGCUCCUGUGGAAACCAGUUUGACAGUUCCUCAAGAAGUUAAACAUGGAAUUACUGUAGGAAAAAUGCUCUCUCUUAUUUACCCAAAAGAAGUGAAAAACUUGUACACCGGUGUAGGCUACCCUGGGAACCUGGCCCCACACUGGGGCACCACCUGUAGCUGGCACCAGGAGGGCCUUGCUCUGGGACCCAGAGCCACUUUGUUCUCUGACCCCUGACCUGGGAGCGAACAGGGUCGUAUGACAAAGAGACCUGGAGUCAGCUCAACAUUUGGGCAGCCAGGGGGCUGUACCUCUAGUAGGCAGAGGAGCCCUGAGCCCUUGGCUCACCUCGCUUUUAUUCACCCACAGGCACAGGCAGUCAAGGUAACAGAAGAUUCAUCUGGUUUCCAGUAUCAUUAGUACGGUCUCUGGUAAAAAACUUAACCUCAGCUGUCUUAACUUUCCCUAAUAUGCAGUCACCUCUGAGUGCAGACUUUCUCCUUUGUGCUCACAGAGGAGGCCAGUUAGGCCCUAAUUCUCCUCUGGUCCUCUACAUACCAGUGUUCACUACAUCUUAGAGGAAAUAAGCAAAUCUCUAUCAGUGGAGGAGUGGAUAAAUAAAAUGUGGUAUGUCCAUACAAUAGGACAUUAUUAAGCUAUAAAAAGAAACGAAAUAUUGAUUCAUGCUGUAACAUGGAUGAGCC